CCUCACCGCUCCUCCUCACUGCUCCUCCUCGCCGCUCCUCCUCGCCCCCUGAAAGUGAACCAGAGUGAAGAUGUUCGUCGGGGGGAGGCUCUCCUCCUCCGCCCUCCUGCCUCCUGGGAGGGAAACGCCGGCGCUGCAGCUCAACCCGGCCGACGUCCCCGCCCUGGAGAUCAAACUGGGAGCGCUGGUGGUCCUCCUCUCCGUCACCCUGCUGUUUGGGUUCGCCCCGCUCUGCAUCGUCCGGGGAGCGGGCUCCUGCUGCGUGGACCCAGAUUCGCGGCGCCGGCUGCUGAGUCUGAUCAGCUGCUUUGCUGGAGGAGUUUUCCUGGCCACCUGUCUGCUGGGCCUGCUGCCGGACUACCUGCAGGGCAUCAACGAGGCCUUCAGCAACGCAGGAAUCACACUCCAGUUCCCUCUGCCCGAGUUCAUCGUGGCCAUGGGCUUCUUCAUGGUCCUGGUCCUGGAGCAGAUCGUCCUGGCCUUCAAAGACCAAUCCUCCCCUCACAUGGAGGAGCGCCGGUCUCUGCUGGUGGACUCCAGCGUCCAGGUGAACGACAGCAGGAACGGUCGUCACCACUCUCACCGCCGGCGUGGAUCAGAGGAGUCCGAUGGCGGCCACUUCCACGUGGACUUCAGCUCCCAGUCCGCCCUGCGCGCCUUCAUCCUGGUCUUCUCGCUGUCGCUGCACUCGGUGUUUGAGGGUUUGGCGGUGGGGCUGCUGGAGGAGGGGAAGGAGGUUCUGGAGAUCUGCCUGGCGCUGAUGAUCCACAAGAGCAUCAUCUCCUUCAGCCUGGCCUUCAAGCUGUCGCAGAGCCGGCUGCGGCGGUCGGUGGUGACGGGCUGCCUGCUGCUGUUCGCCGCCAUGUCCCCGCUGGGCAUCGGUGUGGGCGUAGGCCUCACCGAGACCAAGGCGUCGCCGCAGCACCAGCUGGCCCGCAGCACGCUGGAGGGGCUGGCGGCGGGAACCUUCCUCUACAUCACCUUCAUGGAGAUCCUGCCGCACGAGCUUCGCUCCGCCGGGAACCGCAUCCCCAAGGUGGCCAUGCUGCUGGUGGGCUUCGCUUUGGUCACCGGCGUGCUCUUCAUCAAACUGUAACCGUGGAAACAGAAAGUCCUUCCUGUUCAUUGGUGAAUCUCUCUCAUAAAUCAUUAAUUUAGUCAUUUGAAGUCAUUAAAAGAAGGUUUCACAUCAUGAUUGACAGCCGAGCCCAGCUGAUCACUACCACACAGUCUGGUGUCAUUUUUAUAAAGUGGGAGGGAGCGGAGACGGCCACGUUUUAAUAUGUCAAUGUCAAAGCAACAUACCGUAAAACUUCUAAUAAUAGCCCGGGCGUUUAUUUGCUUAAAUCACUGAACUCCCCCUGCCUUUAUUGGGGACAGGCCUUUAAUU